AUGAACAAACUGUAUAUCGGGAACCUCAGCGAGCACGCCGCGCCCUCGGACCUGGAAAGUAUCUUCAAGGACAACAAGAUCCCGGCGGCCGGCGCCUUCCUGGUCAAGACCGGCUACGCCUUCGUGGACUGUCCGGACGAGAGCUGGGCCCUCAAGGCCAUCGAGGCGCUCUCAGGUAAAGUGGAGCUGCACGGAAAACUCCUGGAAGUCGAGCACUCGGUCCCCAAAAGGCAAAGGAUUCGGAAACUUCAGAUACGAAAUAUCCCGCCUCACUUACAGUGGGAGGUGCUGGAUAGUUUACUAGGCCAGUAUGGAGUGGUGGAAAGCUGUGAGCAAGUGAACACUGACUCGGAAACUGCAGUCGUAAACGUAACCUAUUCCAGUAAGGACCAAGCCAGACAAGCGUUAGACAAACUGAAUGGCUUCCAGCUGGAGAACUUCACGUUGAAAGUGGCCUACAUCCCGGACGAGAUGGCCCCCCAGCAGAAUGCUUCGCAGCAGCCUCGAGGCCGCCGCGGGUUCGGGCAGAGGGGCUCAUCGAGACAGGGCUCUCCGGGAUCGGUGUCCAAGCAGAAACCCUGUGACCUGCCUCUACGCCUGCUGGUCCCCACCCAGUUCGUUGGCGCCAUUAUAGGAAAAGAAGGUGCCACCAUUCGGAACAUCACCAAACAGACCCAGUCUAAGAUCGAUGUCCAUCGUAAAGAGAACGCAGGCGCUGCUGAGAAGUCCAUUACUAUCCUCUCUACCCCAGAAGGCACCUCUGCGGCUUGUAAGUCUAUUCUGGAGAUUAUGCAUAAGGAGGCCCAAGACAUAAAAUUCACAGAAGAGCUUCCCUUGAAGAUUUUAGCCCAUAAUAACUUUGUAGGCCGUCUUAUUGGUAAGGAAGGAAGAAAUCUUAAAAAAAUUGAACAAGACACAGACACUAAAAUCACGAUAUCUCCAUUGCAGGAAUUGACGCUGUAUAAUCCGGAGCGCACCAUCACAGUGAAAGGCAGCGUGGAAACGUGUGCCAAAGCUGAGGAGGAGAUAAUGAAGAAAAUCAGGGAGUCUUAUGAAAACGAUAUUGCUUCUAUGAAUCUUCAAGCACAUUUAAUUCCUGGAUUAAACCUGAAUGCCUUGGGUCUGUUCCCGCCCACUUCAGGGAUGCCACCUCCCACCUCAGGGCCCCCUGCAGCCAUGACUCCCCCUUACCCACAGUUUGAGGUAAGACGAUGCGCCUCUGCUUUCUUCAUGUACCCCCCACACAGACACCCCUUUCCCCCUGAGAAUUAUCACCCAGAAACGGAGACUGUUCACCUGUUUAUCCCAGCCUUAUCUGUCGGUGCCAUCAUUGGCAAGCAGGGGCAGCAUAUCAAACAGCUUUCUCGCUUUGCAGGAGCUUCUAUUAAGAUUGCUCCGGCCGAAGCACCAGAUGCGAAAGUGAGGAUGGUGAUUAUAACGGGGCCACCGGAGGCCCAGUUCAAGGCUCAGGGAAGAAUUUAUGGAAAAAUUAAAGAAGAAAACUUUGUUAGUCCUAAAGAAGAGGUGAAACUUGAAGCUCAUAUCAGAGUGCCAUCCUUUGCUGCUGGCAGAGUUAUUGGAAAAGGAGGCAAAACGGUGAAUGAGCUCCAGAAUUUAUCUAGUGCAGAAGUUGUUGUCCCUCGUGACCAGACGCCUGAUGAGAAUGAUCAAGUGGUGGUCAAAAUAACUGGUCACUUCUAUGCUUGCCAGGUUGCCCAGAGAAAAAUUCAGGAAAUUCUGACUCAGGUAAAGCAGCACCAACAGCAGAGAGCUCUGCAAAGUGGACCACCGCAGUCAAGACGGAAGUAAAGGCUCAGGAAACAGCCCACCACAGAGGCAGAUGCCAAACCAAAGACAGAUUGCUUAACCAACAGACGGGCGGCUGACCCCCCAUCCAGAAUCACAUGCACAAGUUUGUACCUAGCCAGUUGUUUCUGAGGACCAGGCAACUUUCGAACUCCUGUCUCUGUGAGAAUGUAUACUUUAUGCUCUCUGAAAUGUAUGACACCCAGCUUUAAAAAGAAAAAAAUAAGGGGGAGGGAGGAAAAGAGGAGCUCUGCACUUCCCUUUUGUUGUAUUUUCAGUGUAAAACUUUUCUAAUUUUUCUUAAUGUUCCCAUUUAUGCAAGAAAUUGGCUUAGUGAUGCACUCACUAAAUUCAUCAAAUAAAAAUAGAUUGCU